AUGGAUUGGGAAUUUCCUGAAAAAAUCUUAUUUUCUGAACAAGAAAAACUCAAUUACAAAGUUUACAGGCUUAGUCGAAAGAUAGAAAGCAUGAUUGACCAGGAAUACGAUGCGGAACAAGCGAAAAUACCAAUAAAAAUUGAAUCCGAAUCGGAAGAUGAACAAAGAACCAGCAUCGCGACCAACGCCAAUGCAUCAUUACUUACCAACUUGAAGAUGACCUGCUCCAACAACGAAGAUCCGUUUAAAGAUUGUGACAACACAAACCAUACAAUCGAGUGCCCAAAGAAGACUAUCCUAAUGUCUAACCAAAAAGCAGCAAACGCUUUGGACUUGAACGCGCUCAACAUAAUCUCCCAACGAAUCGCAUCAAUCGUUGACAAAAUUACAGCAAUCAAAGAAAACACAGACCACAUGCAAAAUGAUAUGGCAUGCAUUUCCAAACGAUUAGGACGGGUCGAAAAAAGGGUGGGCUUAUCAUUGGCAACGCUGGAGCAAGUGAAGGAUUCGGUGGUGGUUACGUUUGAAAAUGCGAGACCAGAGGACAGCGAACAAUCGGCGCAAUCUCGUUUCGUUUUUAAGAAAUUAAGCACCGAAAACGAGCUCGCAGAAUUCAAUACGAAGCUUGGCGAAGAUGAGGAAUAUUGGAACAAUCUUAAAAAGUCGCUAUUAUUGCAACUCCCGGACAGCAAUCCGGACAAUCGUAUGAGCUUAGCGCUGGACAUCCUGGUCGAGCGAUCAUUUUUUGCUGAAUGCAAUUGGAGCGGCCACAGCAAGAAUGGACCGAAAAUACGUUUUGGAAAUCGGACAAACGUGUUUAAACUGUUUGCGAGUAUCGGUAGCAAUAAGGCUGACCCCUUGUCCGAGUUACACGUACAAACUUUUUUCAAGUGUAAGUUGAAACACGCCAAGGAACGGGCCAGUAAGAAAGGCAUGGUCAGUUAUGUAAAUACCAAGCAAAAAAGCCUUCAUUCUUGA